AAUAAAUUUGGGUACCACUUUCAUAUUCAGGGUACAAAUCCAUGUUUGUUUUCCAUUUGAUGACUUCCCUGUGUUGUACUAUUCCUGAGUUAUGAAAACUCUUUUCUGACACUUACACAAUGAGGCGAGUGGUACGACAGAGCAAGUUUCGGCAUGUAUUUGGACAAGCGGUGAAAAAUGACCAGUGUUAUGAUGACAUCCGGGUUUCUCGUGUGACCUGGGAUAGUUCCUUUUGUGCUGUCAAUCCCAGAUUCGUUGCCAUAAUCAUAGAAGCAAGUGGGGGAGGAGCCUUCCUUGUGCUCCCUUUGCACAAGACUGGUCGAAUUGACAAAUCCUACCCUACGGUAUGUGGCCAUACAGGACCAGUGCUGGACAUAGACUGGUGCCCACAUAACGAUCAGGUCAUUGCCAGCGGUUCAGAGGACUGCACGGUUAUGGUGUGGCAGAUCCCAGAAAAUGGACUCACCCUUUCCCUGACCGAACCUGUGGUGAUUCUAGAAGGCCACUCAAAGAGAGUUGGCAUCGUGGCCUGGCACCCGACGGCCCGCAACGUGCUUCUUAGCGCAGGCUGCGAUAAUGCCGUCAUCAUCUGGAACGUGGGGACGGGGGAGGCCCUUGUAAACCUGGACGAUAUGCAUUCAGACAUGAUUUACAACGUAAGCUGGAACCGGAAUGGCAGUCUGAUCUGCACGGCUUCCAAAGACAAGAAAGUGCGAGUGAUCGAUCCUAGGAAACAAGAGAUUGUUGCUGAGAAGGAGAAAGCACAUGAAGGAGCAAGACCCAUGAGAGCCAUCUUUCUGGCUGACGGGAAUGUCUUUACCACUGGUUUCAGCCGCAUGAGCGAGCGGCAGCUGGCCCUCUGGAAUCCGAAAAAUAUGCAGGAACCAAUAGCUCUUCAUGAAAUGGACACUAGCAAUGGGGUGUUGCUGCCCUUCUAUGACCCGGACACCAGUAUCAUUUACCUAUGUGGAAAGGGUGACAGCAGCAUCCGCUACUUUGAGAUCACGGAUGAAUCCCCGUAUGUCCACUACCUGAACACAUUCAGCAGCAAGGAGCCUCAGAGAGGGAUGGGUUACAUGCCCAAGAGGGGGCUUGAUGUUAACAAAUGUGAGAUUGCCAGAUUCUUCAAACUUCAUGAGAGAAAGUGUGAGCCUAUUAUCAUGACCGUUCCUAGGAAGUCUGACCUUUUCCAAGAUGACCUGUAUCCUGACACAGCGGGGCCCGAAGCAGCGCUGGAGGCAGAAGAGUGGUUUGAGGGGAAGAACGCAGACCCCAUCCUCAUCUCCUUGAAGCAUGGAUACAUUCCAGGCAAAAACAGGGAUCUCAAGGUGGUCAGGAAGAACAUUCUGGAUAGCAAGCCCACUGCAAACAAGAAGUGCGACCUGAUCAACGUUCCCAAGAAAACCGCAGACACGGCCAGUGUGCAAAAUGAGGCCAAGUUGGAUGAGAUUUUAAAAGAGAUCAAAUCUAUAAAAGACACAAUCUGCAAUCAAGAUGAGCGUAUCUCCAAGUUAGAACAGCAGAUGGCGAAGAUAGCAGCCUGAAGGUCCACCCCACCCCCAAAAUGGGAGCAAGGACUUGUGCUCGUGGCUGGUUGUUGGUGUGGUCCCAGGGAGGGCGAAGGGAGGCACUGCCAUUUGGAGACAUUCCGUUUCAGAUUUGUCAACCAGCGAUAGGCCACUUUCCAGUAAGAACUCAAUUCGUUUCCCAAAUUUGUAGAAACAAGAUGUGAUUUAAAAGCUGAGCUUUUUAUCAGAAAGCUUUUUUGAUGUUUUAAGUGUCAUGUGACUUGUUGAACUUUUAAAAGACAAAAGUGCUACUUUUAAAAGCCCAGAUAUUCUGAAUUUUAGAAAACCAACCAAUUCUGAUCCAGUGUCGUGCCCAAGUACCUUUUUUUACAAACAGGGACCAAUGCCACAUUGCUUUUUAUAUUUCUUUUUUUUUUUAAAUGUUGCCAAAACCAAAAGUAGCUUUUUUUCUUUAUAUUUUGCUACCUUGCAGUAUUUGUGUGUGGUUUUUUUUUUUUUUCCUUAAUUUGAAAGGGACAGCACUGUGUAUGUUUAUAAACUAAAUGAAGAUACGAUGUUAUUUUGUAUAAACAUUCAUCUGAGAACAAUCAGAGCAGGAGCAUCGUGCUGGUUCCUUGGCAGCACAAACCUGGUCCUCUUAAUGACCGUACACAUGGAAGACUUGAAAAAUCACGUGGAUUCGUAUUACCACCCCUCUCAUUUCAUUGAGUCUUCUGAUCAAAAAAGUUCCAUAGCGUAUCGUUUCCUUUCUUUCCUUUCUCUUUUCUAGAAACUGGGUGGUUGUACCAGAAUGGGAUUUUGCUUCUUGGUUAUCCUGUGCUUCAGAUGAUUAUAAUCUAACCUAAACAAGCAUGCGUUUCUGCAGUUUUGUUACACACAGUCUAUUGUAUUUAUCACCCUAACAUCACGUUUCAGGUUUGGGUCAAUACUUGACAAGGGUGCCCGGGACAAGAGGACGCACAUACUGUGGAGUGUUCCUUCUUGCCGGUUUCAGCAGCUUGCCUAGCUCCUGAGUACAGUGGGGGACUGAAAACUAGGGAACUUGCAGGGGAGGGUUUGCCUGCGUGAUCCUCUGCCUGCCUGCAUGUCCCGUGCUGUCCCCGUGCUGUGCUGGAAGAAGAAGGGGCUCUCCCUGCACCCCUCUCUUCCUCACCUGUGCGGCCACCUCUCUCAGGGCUCCCCCAGCCGUUCCUCUCUCCCUGCUGCCUUUCAGCCUUGACUGCAUUCAGCUAAGAUGAGGCCAGAGGGUGCUAUUGAAUCCUGAGGCUGAGAAGGAUGGUCUAGAGUGAAGCAGGACCAGGAGUGCAGACUCUGCUGUAGCUUUAGUGUGUGCAGACAUGGCCCUUUGCCCUUCCGGCUCGCACUGGGGCUGUGUCAGAGCACAGGGCCCCCCCAGAUUCAGGCGGGCCGGAGACUGAGCUCUGAUCCCCUGUUCCUUCCUAGGUCAGCUAGACCUUCUCUCCAUUUCCAUUUUCUCAUGUGUGCUUGAGAAACAGGGUUUAAGGAGCCUCUGUUCUGGAAGGUCUGAGUGUCUGUGAUGGAACGUGGAACAUAUAGUGCCAUUGGGACCACAGCGGGAACACUUUUGCACAUGCUCGUGCUGGUGUGGGGACGGCACUGGCUGGCAGUGUCUGUGUAUGGGGAACCAGGAUGGAGGCCGAGCGUGGCAGCAGCGGGUUGGAAUGCACAGCCAAGCUGGAGGUCAUGUCUGCACAGAAAAGGUACCGCGUUCUUAACCGAUAUUGGGAUCGCUGUCUCCACAAUUUCAGGGCGUCUGAAUGUUUGGUGUGGUUUUGUGUGUGUGUGUGUGUGUGUGUAUAUAUGUGUUCCUAAUAUUGAAGUGGAUAAUGAGAUGUAAAGAAAACAGUAAUUACAGUGACUUAUAUUCAAACCUGUACAUGUUUCUUUAUCAACGUAAUCUGCUAAGGACCUUCAUUUUUAAGAUUCAGAAAUAUUUUAAGGUUCUGAUAUCAAACUAAUUAAGUAAACAAAAUUGUCGUUGGUGAUGGUAAAACACCAUUGGGAAUGUGGUUCAAAGAGAAGAGGGUGGGCAAGGAAAAGUGACCCUGGUCCUAGUGUGUAGCUUAUGACUUAUUUAAUGAGCAGAUGCCCUGCCAGGCUCAGAGUCGGCACCUGAAGCAUUGUGGACUAUUCUUCCUGUUUUGUCUUUUUUUUUGAAGCCAUGCUAUCCCAGAGGAGAACCAGUGAAUUGCUACUAGAUCGGCUCUUAUAGAGCGGCCAUAGUAUUCUGUCAAAACACUUGCUUCCAUUUUCAAAGAUAAAAAUCGUUGAUUACAAAA